ACCGGGAAACGGUCACAUUUCCUACACACCUGCAAACGUGAUUAGCGUGGGUGUUUGUGUCAGUGGGUGUGUAUCUCAUGCCUGACACUUCAUUCACGGGCAAGCCGACUUCAGAUUCUUGGAAUUGAUGAGACUCGUUUGCUCUCUACUCGUGCAGCAUCACAUGCGUUUACACCGAGGCGCACUACACAGAGCGCAGUAGGCAUCCAGGUAUCCUUACCGAGAGGAACCUCUUCCAGCACACCAGUCUCCGUCGCAGAGCUGAGCAAUAAGACCCCUCCUCUGCACACACUUUACUUGGAAAGCCCUGUGCUCGUUGGGACAAUUUUCCUCAUUGCGUUUUGCGCUCUGUAUGGAGCAGGUGUUUUACGCGCAGGUGUUUCUUGACUUUUUCACACGUCCUUGCAAGACUUUUGUUCCAAUAUAGUGACACUGACAUUCACAGAAAUAACAUCAAGUCAGCCGUGUGUCCUCAACGCCAACAGCAAAGAUGGAUAACAGUCCUGGUGGAGUGAUCCUAUAUGCAGGCUCUUCCGGCAGUGCCAGUCCCAGCCCCGGCAGCCCCUCCAGUGGAUACCAGACCCAGUCGCCCUCUUCCCAUUCCCAGCCCUCGUCUCCAGAGGAGGUCACAUUCACAGAGAUUGGGCCGUUGAAAGAGGGGGCAGAUGAAUGUACCACCCCUUCCGCAAAGCUGGUUUUCCAGUUCCCUGAAGUCUACAAUGCCCCCCCAGUAACAACCACUCCUCAAUAUUCCCACCCCAUCGCAGCAAAGAGACCAUGCGGAUUCGCAGGGACCUUCACCAAGACAGGUGGGAUGGUCCUGUUGUGCAAAGUGUGUGGAGAUAUCGCAUCUGGUUUCCACUACGGAGUGCAUGCUUGUGAAGGUUGCAAGGGCUUUUUCCGCCGUAGCAUCCAGCAAAACAUCAACUACAAGAUGUGUGUGAAGAACGAGAACUGUCUGAUCAUGCGCAUGAACCGCAACCGAUGCCAGCACUGCCGUUUCAAGAAAUGUCUCUCUGUCGGCAUGUCCAGAGAUGCUGUACGUUUUGGACGUAUUCCCAAGAGAGAGAAACAACGGCUUUUGGAUGAAAUGCAGAGCUACAUGAAUAGCCUAAACGAGUCGUCCGCCACGGAAAUGGACUCAUCCCCAGUGAGGGACAACCCCCCCAGCCCAGUUGGGGGCAACUCUAAAGAGGCCAUUGGGAACAUCUCCAGAGCUUACCAAGACAUCUUUACCAGUAGAAGCCAAGAGAGAGCAACCAAGCGGGCAAACAUCGCCAUCAACAGCAACACUUCUCCCUUUUCUCAGGAAGUCAGUUACCCCCAUGUCUCCUCCUCUCAUCCGCCCUCCACCCAGGCUUAUCAGUCGUGCCCUGCUGCUUCCACCGCUCGCUGCCCAGUUGCCAUUAAUGACAACCAACCCAUAUUCUCUACUGUGGACAACAGUCGCUACAACUACUUGGUGUCAUCCAAUCAGAAUCAUGGCCAGUCUAACGGUGUCACGCCCCAAAGGAACAACUCUGCCAAUCCUAACAACUGUUCCACUGCAGAGGCGACCCAAAAUAGGCCUUCCUGCCCGUGGAAAUUAGCUUCAGGAGCUAAAGUGCUGGCCUGUCCUCUCAAUGCCUUUCCUGUAUCAGGGGCACAUCGCACAAGCCAGCAGAUAUGGGAGUCCUUUUCUCAGUGUUUUACUCCUGCUGUCAAGGAGGUGGUAGAGUUUGCCAAGGGCAUCCCAGGAUUCCAAGAACUCAGCCAACAAGACCAGGUCAUGCUGCUCAAGUCAGGCACUUUCCAGGUUCUGAUGGUGAGGUUCUGCACGUUAUUUAACGCUGCGGAGCGUACGGUGACCUUCCUGAAUGGCCAAACGUACCCGCUGUCCACACUGCGGGCAUUGGGUAUGGGCUCCCUGCUCGAUGCUAUGUUUGAGUUCAGUGAGAAAUUAAGCUCUUUGAGGCUGGAGCCUGAUGAAAUGGCCCUCUUCAUGGCUGUGGUGCUGGUCUCUGCAGACCGCUCAGGCAUUUCUGAUAUGUGGGCUGUGGAGCAGCUCCAGGAGGGUCUUAUCCGAGCGCUGCGCUCCCUGAUCACUCGCCGUCGUCCAGAGGACAGUUCCCUCUUCCCCAAGCUCCUCCUGCGUCUGCCAGACCUGCGCACACUCAACAAUCUGCACUCCGACAAACUUUUGGCCUUCCGCAUUGACCCUUGAGCAGGCUGCCCAUACGAAGUGCAUCCAAUGGCACGCACACACCUACACAGAAAAACAUACCACCACACGGACGGACGCACAAACAUUUAUGCACAAAUGUUGAAACAUACUUAAUGACUUGUUCUUUUCCAAAGGCAGGACUUCCUUGGAAAAUGAAGAAAAAUGAAAUGUGCAAUCUGAACAGUGCUUUUCCACAAACACAAAUGUGGAUAGUUAUGCUUAUGUUUUUGAUUCAAGUAAAAUCUUUAUUUAGUGUUGUGCCACAAGCACACCUACUCAUCCACACACACACACACACACAUACACACACACGUCUCAAGAUCUCUUGAGGGACAUUGUUCUAGGAAGACCAUUAAUCAGUGUGUAGAGUCAUCAUUACCCUUUUGGACAGAUCAGUUGUGCAUUCACCCAAUAUUUCCAGUCUACUUCAGACCAAAAAACCAUUUAAUUAAGUACUUCUUAUUCCUAAAGUCAUAUUGACAUGUCAUCACUAAGGCACAAAUGAAAGAUAGUGAGAAACUGUAGAUCCAAACAGUUGUGACUAAGGGACCAUUAGUGAUGACUGAAUAUGUGUCAGUUUCUGUGUGAGAGAAAGGGACCUUGUAUAUACUACAUAGCUGAACCCAAUAUAUUAAGGUCAUUGUGUAUCACUGUUUCACUAACAUACCAUACAUACCAUCUGUAUUAGUAUCGGAAUGAAAUUAUUUUUCAAUGUGUCACCCAUACACAACAGGAUCCAUUCUAUCAUUUACCAUUUUUUGAUAAUCUUCCAGGAAACUGUCAUUUGACAUCUUGGGUAUGAAUUUGCCAAGUUAAAACAAAUUAAUGGCAUUUGAAUCUUACGGUAUUUCAUAAAAAUUUUGUUUCUACAUCAUUGCUUCACAAAAAGAAUCACUGAUGUAGACUCUCCAUGCAUGUUAGGUUUGAUAGUUUUUUCUGUUUGAUUUUGUUGCUGUAAAUAUUAUGUUACUCCAGUGUCUCUGUAUUAAUAACUGAAAACAAAUAAUGGAUCUGACAGAUAAGUUCAGUGUCAAGAGGAAUGUAUUAACUUUUCUGUACUGGUUGGGACUUGGCGGUGCCAAGGGGGCUAUGCAUUGGAAAAUAUACAGUAGGGCUUCUCAGAGGGCUCAGAUAUACUUCCUGAUAUCGGAUGAUGUAACCAGCAUAAUCCCUGAAAUCACCAGCACUCACUCCACAUGCACCCUAUCCUCUCUGCCCCAAAUGUUUGUCAUACAAACACAAGAUAUUUUUGAAUGAGGGAUCUUAUGUGAUUGGUAUAUACCCUUUCACUGCUUGCUUGUUUGAUUAUUGUUGAUUGAGCACAUCUUGUACAUUUUGUAAAUCUAUCUUCCUGCAUAGAAAUGAUAUGAUAUAAAGUUGAA